AAACUAUUCAUAACUAUUUAUCAGCAAUGAUUCAAACCAAAUAUUUCUCGGCUAGGCAACCCAAUUUUCAUCCUGACAUGCAUGGAAAUUCGAUAAAAUGAAUAAAACCAUGUAAAAUAUUAAUAAAUCAUACCCACUCUCAAUAAUCCGAUACUUAACAGUAGGUUUUGGAUAAUAAUGUGGUAUUUUCUAAAUCAUUAUUAAAUAUUGACGCUAAAACGGUUCACAAAAUAUUUUUAUCAGAGAAUAUCUGUGACACCUUAAAAUAUGUGGAACAUGUUAAACCAGAAAUCAUUUCGUUAAUUAUAAAUAUGCUUUUAAGAUAAAAUCUUAUUAUGAAGUACCUAACUCUUAAAAUAUUCAAAAGUUGAAAUGGUUAUCGACGCAAUGAAUAACGCUUUUACAUAGAUUAAUCAUCGUCAUGUUUUUUAAUCAACUACAACAGAGUAAUAUUGUAUAUUAUUCAGCAAUGGUUCAAAUGACGAAAUUGUAAAAAGUUUUUCUUUAAAAGUAACAGCUUGAAUUCAUAUGAUGAAUAGAGUUAAUAUUGAAAAAUUAUCAACAGUUUCAAUUUACAAUUCUCUAAAAAGGGAUUCGCUCCACUACUGUAUGAAAAAUAUAUUAAUUUUGUCGCAGAUAUGUGCUUUUAUUCCUGUUGAUGGUAUUUCGGGAUGUCCUCACGAUCUUAAGUUUAGGUGGCGAUCUUACAAAACCAUUUACACCCUUUUGGUAUUACUGUUGCAAACUAUUUACACUUUGAUCACAAUAAUAUAUGCUACUAAGAACGAAAAAAAUUUUAAUAGUUUUGUUUUAGUACUUUGGAAUUUUCGAUGUGUUUUAUCCUUAAUAGCAUUUUUAAAAGUUGCACAAAAAUGGCCUAGAUUUAUGCAGGAAUGGUCUGAAAUGGAAUUAUUUAUGAUAGACUAUCCUUCAUUUUUAAAUUUAAACCGAAAUUUGCGUAUUAAAUCGAUAGUAUUUUUACUUCCGGGGUUGUUUGAACAUUUACUCUUCAUUUAUAAAGGCUUUCAACAAAUAUCUCAUACUACUGAAGGCAAAAACAAUCCCUUAAAAAUUUAUUUCGAGCAAAUGUACAAGGAAGUAUUUGAUUUGAUUAACUUCAAUCCAAUUGUAGCCAUAAUGGUAGAGGUAGGUUUGGUUUAUAUUGUGAAUAAUAAAUUAUACCGCAAACAUCAUCCAGAAACCUCCUAUGCAUGCUUUAUGUCUAUGAGUAUUGUGCAUUAAUCAGUACAUAUAUGUGGCAGUUUGUGGACUUUUUUAUCGUUAUACUUUCUUUCGUUAUGGCGCAAAAGUUUCGAGAAAUAAAUUC